UAAAUUGUUUAGUCGAGAUCUGAAAGCCGGGUGGAAAUGAACUCAAAGGCCUCUCGUGCUGUGCGGUGAUAGUUUUGCUGACGUGGCCCAACCAACGUGGCAGUAAUUUGCUGUAAUAUUGUUUGUGUUAGGCAAGAAAGUGGACUUUGGCUGCACUUAAUUAAACACAGCAGUGUAGCAAUCAAUUCUUCCAAAAUGCUAAUCCUGCUGGUGUCAUCAGUCGUUUGCUUGCUGUUCAAUUGCGGCGCUUCCGCAAUCCCAAAGACGGAUCAUUACCCGAAAUUCGAACACAACAGAGAGUACGACCACGAAGCAUUUCUUGGGGAAGAUGCAAAAACUUUUGACCAGCUGGAACCGGAGGAAAGCAGGCGAAGAUUGGGAAUAAUUGUAGAUAAAAUCGACUCGGACAAAGAUAACUUUGUUAAUUUAGCAGAACUGAAGGCGUGGAUUCAAUACACGCAACAACGGUACAUUGAAGACGAUGUCAGCCGCCAGUGGAAACAGCAUAACCCAAACGGUUCCGACUUGAUUCAUUGGGAAACCUACCGGAAGAACGUGUACGGUUUUCUUGAUGAAAUGGACCCUAAAGACCUCGAUCAAGGCGAUGAGCAUUUCUCCUACAAAUCGAUGCUAACACGUGAUCGACGCCGGUGGAGUGUCGCGGAUCGCGAUGGUGACGAUCAAUUGAAUAGAACUGAGUUUACCGAGUUCUUGCAUCCAGAAGAGAGUCCUUACAUGAGAGAUAUUGUGGUUCAGGAAACUAUCGAGGACAUCGAUAAAGAUCAGGAUGGCAAGGUGUCGGUAGAGGAGUAUAUCGGAGAUAUGUAUCGAGUUUCUGAGGACAAUGAGGAAGAGCCGGAAUGGGUUAGGCAUGAGCGAGAAACGUUCGAACAGUUCCGCGAUAGAAAUAAAGAUGGCUUUAUGGAUCACUCGGAGGUGAAGGAUUGGAUCGUGCCAGCUGAUUUUGAUCAUGCCGAAGCUGAAGCGCAUCAUUUGAUUUACGAGGCUGAUUCGGAUGCGGACGAGAAGUUAACCAAAGAAGAGAUUAUCAAUAAGUACGAUCUGUUUGUGGGGUCACAGGCAACCGAUUUCGGGGAAGCUCUGACACGUCACGAUGAGUUUUAGGUAGGCUUUUCUUUUUUUUUCGCUAAGAGCAUAGAACCGCGAAUGAGAAUCAACUUAAUUAAGUACGCUUUUGGCAUUAAUUUUGACUAACCAAUACUCCGGAACUUAUAAGUACCGCGUGCCAGGAACAAAGUAUAUAUUGCGAUUUAUUUGGAAUCUAUUUUGAAUAGGUUUAGCCUAUCAACCAGUGUCUCGAAAGCCAAUAUUAGCUACUAUAUGUAACAAGCAACUGAUUAAGUUAUACUUCGAAGCAAUGUUAGAGUCAGUAUUGCAUUUAAUAAAUUAUAGUUUAUUUUCA